GGGGAGCAGCGCUGACUUUUCUACGAGUUCUUCCUGCGGCCGAAGAACCGUCUACGACACCGUUUCUCUCCCUUCGAAACCCCUUUUUCCCGACACGAUGGGGAAUGAGGCGAGCAUGGAAGGGGAGGGACCGGCGGGGCAAGGCGGCCCCUGCGCCGUCCCUGCAGCGGGGACUCCGGCUUCCAUUUCAGCACCGGCGGACGCUGGACAGCUCGUCAAGCCGAGCAACGGAGCGCCUAUCGGGGGAAGCGGCGCUGGAGUCGGCCCGGGGAUUAACAGGCCGCCUGCAUCAGACCCAGGCCCUAAAGCAGGAGUACACAGCAGCCAUGGAACAGGAGACAGGUUGGCCUCUCAUGACACCCCACCGUCCCAGGGAGAGCAGGGCCACGGUCAUGUGUCCAGGAAGAACUUGCAUGUGGACGUGGGAAGCAGCAAGACUGGAAGGUCCCCUUCGGUAUCCCCGGACCGAGGCAGCGUCCCUACCUCUCCUUACUCUGUGCCUCAAAUAGCGCCCAUGCCCAGCAGCAAGCUGUGCCCUGUCUGCAAAAUGGCUGACCUGACUGGCACUGGUGAUGACAAGCCAAACUUCAACACGUGCACGAUGUGCCGCUCCAAUGUGUGCAACCAGUGUGGCUUCAACCCCAACCCGCACCUCACUGAGGUUCAGGAGUGGCUAUGCCUAAACUGUCAGAUGCAGAGAGCGCUGGGGAUGGACAUGACCACACCCCGUUCCAAGAGUCAACAACAGAUACACUCUCCUUCUCAUGCUGCCAAACCAGAACCCGGACUCGAUGCUUCUUCCCAGCCAACCCUUCAGACACAGAUGCCUCCUGAGACACGACCUCCAGGGCAGACCCCUCCGGCCCCCGUCCCUUCUAAACAGACUCUCCUGCCUGGCUCAGGUCAGCGAGUGACAAAGUUGCCUCCGGGGGCAGUGCCUCUCCCUGGAAUGGCCAAAGCCCCAUCCCAGCCCGAUUUGUCCCGAAACUCCCCCGCCCACCAGCCCCAUCCGCCCCGCCAAGACCAGACACGCAGUGCAGGCAGCUCCCCCUCACGACAGCCCCCACCACCUGAGCAGACUUUUGGGAAAUUAUUUGGCUUUGGUGCUUCUCUCCUUAACCAAGCCAGUACGCUUAUAUCUGAGACCACUCAACCCCAACAACCACCCCCAAAACAAUCGCCCAAACCAGGUGUAGGACCUGGAGCACCUAAACCCUCAGGAUCUCAACCUACACAACAAGGUUCUCGAACUCCACCUCAGCAGCAGCAUCAACAGCAGCAGCAGAGGGAGCAGCAGCCUGCUCCUCCAAAGUCUUCUAAACCCAAAGUUUGUUGUCCUCUUUGCAAGACGGUCCUCAACACCGGCAACAAAGCCGAACAACCCAACUAUAAUAUCUGCACCCAGUGCCACUCCCAAGUCUGCAACAUGUGCGGCUUCAACCCCACUCCUCACCUGGUGGAGAACAAAGAAUGGCUGUGCUUGAACUGCCAGACACAGAGGGCUCUGUCAGGAAGUUUGGGAGAUAUUCCGUGCCCUGGUACACAGCCUGUGGGUUCCACCAGGUCACCUGCAACAUCUAAUCAGCAAGCACCUCAGCAGAAAGGGGCCGAUCAGCGGUCAGGGCCAAGGCCCUCUGGCCCCCAGCAGCAACAGAAACCACUGGGUCCCCAAGUAAGUGGCCCCACCUCUCCUAUGAAACAGGCUGAAACGUUGUCUCAAACCAAAGGGAUAAACCAAGCUCCCCCUCCAACUAAGGGUUCUUCCCAGCCUGUUUCUCAAGCCGAGAGUUCCUCUCAAUCAGUUACUCAAAGCAAGCGUGUAACACAACCCCCAGUCCAGAAUAAGCCGCAAUCUCAAAAUAAAAGUCCCGCUCAAAGUAAAGGCCCCACUAACCAAACUAAAGGGCAAAACCAGGCUAAGGGGCAGACCCCGACAAAGGGAUCUGCUCAGCCCACUGCUCAGGUUAAAGGUCCUGUAUCUAGUGCCAAGGUUUCAUCUGGCCUUAAAGCAGCACCCAAUAACGCCAGGAGCUCUCCCACUACUUCAAAAAUAGCACCCACCCAGUCUAAACCCACAGGUCCGUCACAGGUACGCAAACAGACGCAGAGCCAGGAGAAGACAAAAGUCUCAUCUAGGUCUCUAAAGGAGGAUGUCAAGGCCUCACCAAAGAAGGCCUUGUCAGAGACGGUCACGUCAACAAAAGACACCAAGAUAGCAGACCAUGUGCAGAAGUCAAGACACCGAGAAGAUUACGUCAAGUCGAGUAUGCAAAGUUUGAGCGACACUGGAUACUCCUCCGAUGGCAUAUCCAGCUCUCAAGGGGAGAUUACUGGUCAAAUUCAUGAAGAUGCCAUUAAGCUCAAUGAGAGGGGUGUCUCUAUUUCCUCAGAAAUCACCAAAUUGGAGACGUCAAUGAAGCCUCUACUGGAGUCAAAAGCUGCAUCAGACCCCAAACUCAGGCCUCAUUCACUGUCUGUUGGACAGGGACGGGACAUUAGCCCAGACGAUGACGCAGCAAGAGACGAAUCGGAGGAUGAGCUCAGCUGCAAGCUUCGUCAUGAUUAUGUAGAAGAUAGCAGUGAAAGUGGACUCUCGCCGUUGCCAGUAAGACAAAAGAAGUCACAUAAAGAUUUAACUGAUGAAGAGUUUAUGAGGAAGCAAAUUAUGGAGAUGAGUGCUGAUGAAGACGAGUUGGAGGAAUAUGGAGAACAGAAACCUAAAAGAGGACAUAAAACCAGUGGGGAGAAGAGAAGACUACCUCACCAUACUAGUAGUUUUGAGGACAACGCCAAAGAAUCAGAAGGGGCAUAUAAUGCAAAUGAAGAGGAAGAUGUUGUGAUGGCUGGGGGCCUUCGACGCUUUAAGACGAUUGAGUUGAACAACACCAACAGUUAUAACCGAGACAUGGAACUCAACGCUGAGAAUGACCUACGAGAACCGGAGCUUGAGAUGGAAAGUCUGACUGGUUCACCAGAGGAGCGGUCCAAAGGAGAAUAUUCAUCCACUUUACCUGCCACCACACCUAGCUACACCUCUGGAACGUCACCCACAUCCGUGUCAUCCAUGGAGGAUGACAGCGACAGCAGCCCUAGUCGAAGAGCAAGGCUAGAGGAAGCAAAACAGCAGCGAAAGGCCAGACAUCGCUCACAUGGGCCCUUGUUGCCCACAAUUGAGGACUCGUCUGAGGAGGAUGAGCUCAGAGAGGAGGAAGAGCUACUGAGAGAACAGGAGCAAAUGAGAGACCUUGAGCAACAGAGGAUCCGAAGUACCGCUCGAAAAACAAAGCGGGAUAAGGAGGAGCUACGAGCACAAAGGCGCAGGGAAAGAUCUAAAACUCCGCCCAGUAAUCUCUCUCCCAUUGAGGAUGCAUCACCAACUGAGGAGCUGAGACAGGCAGCAGAGAUGGAAGAGCUCCACAGGUCAUCAUGUUCUGAAUACUCACCCUCAAUUGAUUCUGAAGCAGAGGGCUUUGAAAUAAUAGCUGGAAAGCUCUACAAAUCAGGAAACGAAUAUAACCUUCCGACUUUUACUUCGCUCUACUCGCCAACAGAGAAGACACCAGCCUUGUCCUCGGCUGAUAAAACAUUAAAAAGUGCAGAGGAAGUCUAUGAGGAGAUGAUGAAGAAAGCCCAGCUCCUUCAGAGACAAGGAAAAAAUAUAAAUCAGCAUAAGAAUUCUCUGACUGAAAAUAAAAACCUUGAAACAGGAUCUGCCUUAACCCCAGGCUCAAGCCCAACCCAGGGUAGUGCACCUAUGUCCUUCUCCACAACUGGGAACGACCCACGGAUUCCAGGAAUUCACGCAGCACAACAUCUUUCAAAAGAAACUCAAAAUAGGAUGAUGUCACAGAGCGCUAAAAUUGAAGGGGUUGUUGGAGUGGCCACAACCAAAACUCAAGUCGGUCACACUGCUACAACUCGAAAUGCAGCUAGUUGUGGCUCCCAAAGGGCAUCACAGGCAUCAGCCGACCCUGCAGCAUCCUCGUUAACGAGCAAAGUUUUCUCCCUUUUUAAAGCCCCCAGUCCCCCAGUCUCACCCACCACUUCUCCUGCACAAAGCCCAACACAAGCUCCCACCAUGCGACCCACAGGAAGGGGCAGGCAGUUGCCGACACUCCCUGGUGGACCAUCAUCAACUUUAGUUUCCCAAGGUGCUCAGGUACCUCAGAGGUCUGCCUCACCCCGUCUUGCACGCCAGCAGUCCUCACAGGAUUCACCAGUUAUGGUGAUACCACUAAGCUCUGUAACACCUAGCCCUGCCAAGCCUAUAACUGUAAAUUCAUCCACUUCGCCUUUAUCAUCACCAACACAGGUUAGCUAUAAAACCUUGUAUAGUUCCCAGCCUCUGUCCACAUGUUCCCCAACAUCUUCAUAUCUUCAGUCACAAAAACAUUCUUCACAGAUGUCUCAAAAUGUUGCUAGCGGCACCCAAAGUCGCGGAUCACUGUCUAUGGAAAACAUUUCUCUGUGUAAAAUCUCAAAUACUCCAGGCACUUCAAAUGUCAUGGGCCAGAGCCAAACCCACCCAACUAAUAUUGUAGAUCUUAGAGCCCCAAUAAGGUCUGCCCCAAUUAUAAUGACAGACCAAGGCAUGGAUCUAACAUCCUUAGCCUCUGACACAAGGCGCUAUUCUUUGGGAGCAGAACAGCCUGUUCGGCAUACAGCAGUGCAACCUCUCAUAAUGAACUUGAAUGCACAAGAGCAACCACAUGUGUCUGUAUCAACACCAACAACAGUCAGUGUCACAGUUGCAGGUACUAUAUUCAUGUCCCAACCGAAACAUCCCAUUGUCUAUGGAGAUCCUUUACAAAACCGUGUAGAUUUAGGUCAGGGUGUGGGAUCAGCAGUGUGUUUAUCCCAGAGUAAGCCAGCAGUUGCAGACCCAUCUAUCCCUAAAAUUGAUGCCUGCCUUGAGAACCUUGGUAUACAACAGCAACAGCUGCAAUUACAACAACAAAAGCUCCUUCAUCAGCAACAACUUCUUGAACAGCAACUACAGCAGCAUCAACAGCAAUCUUCUUUUGCUCGUUACAAUUUAGCUAAUCAAGUCCCGCCGCUUUUAGUAAAGAAAGAUAUUGUAGCUAGCCAGACAUCCAGCUCUCAACCCGUAGUGACUGCUAGAGUAGCGCCACUGGCUUCACAGCCUGUUUCUAAUGCCCUGCAGGAAAUGUAUGGCGGUGUUGCUUUAGAGCUACAAAACAAGCCAACAGUAAUGAAUCUAUCCACAGGUAAACCCCACGUUAUGAUGGUUCAACUUGAUGAGAGUAAACCAUCACAGGUGGGCACAGUCACUCAGUUAAUAAAGAAAGAAGAGCCGCCUCCCCAUCCCCAAGUUUUGGAUUUGACUGGCCAGAUCAAACCAGAGAACCAAGUAGCUUGUUGUGAUGUUGUGUACAAUUUACCAUUUGCUGGUUCGUGUACAGGGUCAUUCAGUCAGAAGCCCACAACGGUAUCACCAGAUAACAACCCCAACAACGAAAGCUCAAAAGCACCACCUCCUACCAAUCCUCGACAUUACAAUAUAAAUCCACAGCAACAAUCUCAAGCUACACAGGGUGUAACAGAAGAGCAUAAACCAUAUCAAACCGUUCCAUCAGGAAGAAUCCAGCCCUCUAUAUCUGAUACUAAUUUGCCUGCCAUGACCGAUGGCAGUCAAUACCAGGGGAAUAUUAAGGGAGGUAUGGCAGUAGAUCUUAGUAACAUGAAUCAAGUUUAUGAUAGUGCAUACCUUGGCAUGGGAGCUCAGUACGGAUCUUACACAGACUUGCGUCACCAAGGAGAUAUCGCAGGCCCCACGUUACCCAUUCGUCGUUAUGGCUCUAUGUCAAAUAUCAAUUCUGAUCAUGGCUAUGGUUCAAAGGAGUUAGCAGGACCACAGGACUCUAAUUUGGCUCAAUACAGUGCAACCACCGCAAGGGAGAUUAGCCAGAUGUGUGCAGCUCUUAACACCGCAGACCAGUUUGGAAACCGGUUUGGAAAUAACCCUGAAUUUUUACAUUAUGGGGUUGGAAGAAGUGGAACUUUAGGUCGGCUAAAUCUCCAUCAAAGUUUAGCAUCGAUUAGAGCAAACUUGCUGUACGGCCCAGAUGGAAGAGCGCUGCCUAAUGGACAAACACUAACAAACAUAAUAAAUGCCAGACAAGCAAGCAUACGCGCCUUGUAUCCUGCUGCUUUGAGAGGGGGUGAUGGCAUGAUAUACUCUACGAUAAACAAUCCCAUAGCCUCUACCUUGCCAAUUACUACCCAACCAGGCUCUGUUCUUCCCCUCAUGCCUCGAGGCAUUUAUAGGUCAUAUGCUACAGGUGUAACAGCUGUACCAUUAGCUAGUCUUACCAGGUUGCCUCAAGUGAAUCCCAGAAUGCCUCUGGCCACACAAGGAACAUAUUCAUACCCUCCUCCAAACCAGUAUUCUACUUCAGCCACACCAUCAGUCAGUAUAAGCUGUGUAAUUUCCUCACAGCAAGAAUCUCCUAUGUAUCUUGGGAAGCCUUCAACAACAGCUGCAGUAAUUCUACCAACCCAAGCCAAUGUAGCACGAAAUGUACCAGGACCUGGUGUUCAAACUGCUACAGUCCAGCAGACAGACCAGUCUCAACCUAGCUCACAGAUGACAGCCAUGUCACAAAUCCAAGGACUGCCCCCAACUGUCAAGCUAGCACAAGGCCAGAUGCAGCCACAACAGCUACCUGCUCAAACAGAGCCUUUAUCAUUGACCCAAACCCAACAAGUUCAAUCAGUCAGUCAAGCUCAACCUUCAGUUUUUCCACACAGUACCAACACCCCGAGUGUUACUGAUGCACAGAAAGGUAAGGAAGACGAGCGGCUUAGUCAGCAACAAGAGCACAUGCUGCAGCUAGAGCGAGAGCGUGUCGAACUGGAAAAAAUGAGGCAACUGCGCCUUCACGAGGAGCUGGAGCGAGAUCGUAUGGAGCUUCAGCGACACAGAGAAAAAGAACAACUGCUUGUUCAGCGUGAGAUUCAAGAACUGCAGACAAUCAAGCAACAGGUCCUGCAACAACAGCAAGCAGAGCGUGAGACUCAGCUUAUCAUGCAAAGAGAGCAACUGGCCCAGCAAAGAAUGCAACUUGAACAAAUUCAGUCUUUGCAGCAACAACUCCAACUACAGUUGCAAGAGCAGAAAAGACAAAAGACAGCAGUGGUGGAAGCAGCAGCAGCAGCGGCAGAAGCAGCGGCUACGUCGGCGGCGGCAGCUGCUGCAGCGACAUCUGCACAGGGUGCCAUACAAGGUGUGGUGGUGGGAGGAGGGCCUCCUCAGGGCUUCAUUAUUUGUGAUCAAAGUGGCAGGGUUAUUCAACAAGAUGGACAAACAGUCCAAUUUUGGCAGGACGGUCAAGUAGUCCAAGCUAUGGUGGCUGCUCGACCUAUUCACAGUUCGGUCUCUGAAACGUCUUUAAGAGGCAGUGACAAACAGGCCGAGUCCAAGAUUAUGAGAAAGCAAAAUUCUAUGCCCCGUCUCAGAGACAGCACAGAGGAUGACUCCGUGAAGAAGAUAGCUGACAGUUGUGUACAAACAGAUGACGAAGACGGAGAGGACCGAUUCAUAAACCGGCGUAGGAGAACAAGGCGCAUUGCAGACUGCAGUGUGCAAACUGAUGAAGAAGACCAGGCAGACUGGGAUCAGCAGCCGGUAAGGCGCAGACGUUCCCGCAUAUCAAAGCACUCCGAAUCCAGUAACGAGAACAAAUCAGAUGGGUUAUCUAAAACAGUAUCUGCAAGUAUAGCUAUUCAAACCUCAAAUGACUCAUCAUGCCAGACAGAAUCUGACCAGCUAGGUAGGGUAUCACCAGCAAUACAUAUCACUAUGGCGGAAACCUCAAAGGUUGAUCUGUUACAUUACAUAGCAGCACCUGAGAGGACCCGCAAAGGAGAAAGUUUGGCUUGUCAGACAGAACCAGAGCCACAGUCUCAGGGUGUAGUUUCCCCUCAGCUUAGUGUCCCCACAACCAUCAGUCCAUACUCUACAAGUCUGCAUAUAGUUGGUGCGAAUACAUCUGAUCCAGCCUCUCCAAGACUUCAAGGAGUUGCUAAAUUUGAGAGAAGGAAACCUGACCCUCUGGAAAUCGGCUAUCAGCAGCAACAAAAUGAGUCUCCUUCCCGCCAGCCCCCCAAAUCUCCUCAGGUUUUAUACUCCCCAGUCUCUCCUUUGUCCCCUCAUCGUAUGUUGGAAACAACCUUUGCCUCACAAGAGAAGCUUAACAAAGCCCACGUGACACCCCAGCAGAAGGCCUUCAGCGCUGAAUCACCGCAACGCCACCAGUCCCUACCAAGGCCGAUAAAAAGUGUGCAGCGCUCCAUGUCUGAUCCAAAGCCUCUGAGCCCCACAUCGGAGGACCCCGCCAGGAACAGAUUCUCUCCGUAUCAUCAGCAAGCACUGUCCAACAGUCAGCAGAUGGCCUCCCUGCAGCAGCAGCAGCAGAACGCUCUGAUGAGGAAGGUAAAGAGGACACUUCCCAGCCCCCCUCCAGAAGAGGCUCCACUCCCUAUAGUUACUCCGGCACAAAUGUAUAGCUCUCCUGGCAUGCCUCAGAGGGUUUUACCAAGACCUGCACCAGGGGUCACCAAGGUGGGCUUGCUGAGUGAACUAAAAGCUGUGGAACAAGAGUCGUCAAAGCUACGUAAGCAGCAAGCCGAAUUGGAGGAGGAAGAGAAAGAGAUUGAUGCUAAGUUACGCUACUUGGAACUUGGCAUUACACAGCGUAAAGAGACCAUGGUGAAGGAUCGUGAGAGGAGAGACUUGGCUUACUUGCGUUGUAUGGGUGACGCUCGGGACUACAUGUCAGACAGCGAACUCAAUAACCUUAGAAUGGGAACUGCAACAGCAACCUUUGAUGCUAAUGGCUUGUUGACAAGGCCCAGCACAGCACCUCUUGGUCAGUUUGCUAAUGACCUUAAUGCAACCUCCCAGUAUUCCUCCACUUCAUCAUAUAUGUCUUAUCCUUACCCUCAAACUCAACCAUCAUUACAACAGCCUAGCUCCUCAUACCAUCAGAUUGGUUUCCAGCCACCUCAAUACCCUUCAUCCCCUGCACCCCAGCCAGGAACGUUCCAGCCCCAUCCGCCUCCAGGUCCAGGCUACCAGAACCAGGGAACCUAUUCUUCACGUAUGUAUGUCCAGCCGUCAUAUCAAACAGACCUUGGCAUGCAUCAGCAUGGACAUCAGGGCUUCCAUCCCCCUAGUCAGCCUAUGCCAGGCCAGACCCUUCCCUAUCCCAGUCACAGCACCUACCAACCUGGACUCUCUUACCAGCCCCAGGCAGAGAUCCUCACAGUACACCAAAGACCAAGGCAAACCUCAUUGGCUGACCUCGAACAAAAACUCCCCACCAACUAUGAGGUCAUCAGCAACCCAGCGGUUUCAGUGGCCACAUCUGCUCCAGAUGCUGCCUAUGGCUCCGCCUACAGCAAUGCGUAUGGACAAUACCGCCCUGCUGAGCCUGGCCUGACUCACUCUGUUGACAGCCCAACAUCUGCUUAUGUCUCAGAUGAACUUUACACCUCUAACUUGGAGCAGAACAUUCCUAGGAAUUACGUAAUGAUUGAUGACAUCAGUGAGUUGACUAAAGACAAUGCAAAUCAGCCCACUGACGCUUUAGGUCAUCCUGUAGGAGGGCGAUAUCGCAACGAGAAUGGCCCUGGACGUGGCAGCACCUAUGAUAGACCUGAAGAUGAGCCGGUGGAUGCUUAUGGAAGACCCACAGGCACAAUGAGUUACCAGAGCACAGUAGACAGUCGUACAAGCACCACGGCUAGUGGAGGAUCUUAUUAUUAUGAUGACUACAAACCCACAUCACGGAGCAGCUCCAGUGGCCACAAAGUCUCACCCAAAAAUCUUGCCCCAGCCGUAGUCUCCUCCAAGCGUAGUAAGCACCGAAAGCAGGGAAUGGAGCAGAAGAUAUCAAAAUUUUCCCCCAUUGAAGAAGCCCGCGAUGUGGAGGCAGAUCUGGCAUCUUACACCAUGACAACUUCAACGGGGGGUAGUUGUACGGUAGUGUCCAGAUCAAAGAAGCAAGAUGAGGUGAUAUACGGAACGAAAAGAAACACGUAUGACCAACAGAAGUAUUACGGCACUAGUCGCGAGGGUCUUGAGGAAGAAGACCGUAUGUACAGCUCUGGUCGGUCCAGGUCCACCGGAUAUGGCAUGGACAAGAUCACAUCCAAAGAUGCCUCAGGGAACAGAAGUAAAUCCUAUGAAAGAGAUGCCAUGGAGCGCUCUCAGAGAAGCAGCCGCAGUGGAAGGCAGCCCAUACGCAAUCAGAAUUCAGAAGAAGAGAGUCCCAACAGUCCUGUUGGGAAACCUGUAGGAAUAGGACGAAGUUCAGGUAUCGUAAAUGCCCACGAUGUCAGGAACCAGUAUGGUUCCAGUCAUUCGCUUCCAGAUGUGCAAGAUCACCACAAGAAGGACCUUCCCAGGAGUCAUGUCUAUAAACCUGAUGACCCUUACCUCGUAGAUGACAUGCACUGUGCUGUUUCUGACAGUGAAGCCUAUCAUUUGGGCCAAGAGGAGACUGACUGGUUUGAAAAGCCACGGGAGGCCCGUUCAGAACGUUCAAGACAUCACAGAGGUGGCAGUCAGUCAUCCACAGGUAGGCGCACAAAGCACACCUACCAUGACUACGAUGAACCACCGGAGGAAUACGGCCCCCAGGAUGACAACCAUCAACGCCAAUCCUCCAUGGCAUCAUCACGGGAUCACCGAUAUCAAGGCAGUAACUCCGGGAGACACAGCUCUUCAAGACACUCCUCUGAAGAUCCCAGGUCCUCUCGUUCUUCUAGACCACACCCCAAAGACCCGUCAGGACGAUCUGAUGGCAGGAGCACUUCCGCCGCCCAGAAGAGGGGUGGCCCAGACACCCGUUCUGCUCAAGGAAGCCCACGCAACUCGGCAGACUUCUCCCGUGAUCCCGCCACUGUUCAUCACCACGGCACUGGAGGACGGAGCCAGAGACAACCCGGAGAUCGCACAAGAAGGCAGGAUCCUUCCGCUGCAGGCCCUAAGAUGCAGCAGCAGGGCCAUACUGGGCAACCACGCUCAAACGUUCAAGGCCACACAGGGACAGGGAGACAUCCAGGCUCUGAGGCCUUUGAUGGUACUCAGCAAUCCCAGCAGCAGCAGCUAAAUUCACAACAACAACAACAACAACAACAACAGCAGCAGCAACCACUUCAGCACAGCCAACCCCCUCCUAGUAGCCAGCCAACAACCACUGCAGGAGCUGGACCACCACAGCAGCCCAAAUCGAGCCAAGUGCCGACACAGGCACGCCAGCCAGGAGGAGGAUCUGCAUUGUGCCAGCCAGCAACUACAGCGGUCAAAAUGGACACUACUACACCUUCAGUGACAUCCAUAGGAGUGAAGCCUACAAUGGCUGUCCCUACAAUACCUCAGACCACCAAAACAGCGUCACCUCCUCUAACUGGCAUUGGCUCUAAAGCUGCCCCUGUUGGGAUCGGCAGCAAGGCCGGCGGACUCGGCAGUGCUGCAGCUGGACCGCAACCUGCCGAAGGAGAAAACGUUCUCACCAAAAUCCUGCAAGGAGGUGCAGCGGAACAGGCCGGUAAACUGGGAGACGCUUUGUCUGGCCUUGGGAAGAAAUUCACUUCAUUCUUUUAAAUUGAAGAGAGGAGGGGUCUGCAGAGUCACAGCAAAAACGACAAAAUUAGAGACUUUGCACUGGAAAAACCUAUGAAACUAAUUGAAUACAUUUCACCAUCAGAGAGGAUGUGCAUCCUGAGAACAUCAGGCUGGAAUCAAGAACGCCUUGUCAGCACUGGAUUCACAAGACAUGCAUGUGGUUGAAGUGGAGAUGAUCCUGGAAACAAAGUGGAUGCCUGAAAACAUCAUUAAUUACAGGAUCAACUGAGCAUCGUAACGAGGAGGCUUCUGCUCCUUCAUGGAGAACCUCCCUGGAUCCUGAAGAGUUGAAGGCCCACCGAGUUUUUUUCCUACAUGCCUGAGAACGCCUGCUACUGGACACCCUUCAUGUCUGAGGAUUAAACCUCCAACAAGGCUUUUUGAUUCCACUUUGAUGCAAAUUCUUCAAGAUUUUCAUAGGUUUUUCUGGUAACAAAGUUCACGCUUCUUUCCAAGACACAGCCGGAGUUCCCGGGUCCUCUGAUCUCUACAUUCCAGUCGAGGGAACGUAAACCCUGUCUUUGAAUGUCCUCUCCUUUCUUUCUUCUCCGUCUCUCUCCGGGAAUGCGUCGUGUAAAAUGUGGAUGUGCACGCACACGACUAUAGGAAACAAGGAAAACGAAGCCCAUACGUGUACUUUUUUUCUUCUCCGCUCAGAAGCGAUUUUUUUUUCCCCCCCCAGUUAGAAUGUGAGGAGGGACAUGACCGCCGGCGUGCCCGUGAGAGCAUGUGAGCGUCUCACACAGACGAGAGGACCAAAUGAAUGCGUGGCAGCCAUCACAAAGCCAUGGUUAAUAUCGUUAUUGUCUGUGUGGAGCUUCACGUCUCAUCUUUUUACUUUCCUUUCAUUUUCUGCCUCAUCGGAAAAGCCUUAUUCACACUUUUGUUUACUUCUAUACCUCGUAUGUCGUUGUUUGUUUUUACACUACUGUAUGUACAUAAUCAACAUGUAAAUUGGUCAUUUGUGGAAUAACAUUUUUACCCUUCGUCCUUUUCUUUGGUACAACUUUGUAUUUAACGCUUUUUUUGUUGUCGUCGUCGUCGGUUCUCCGGCGCGGGAUCGUUUGCUUGGUGACUUUUUUUCCAAAAGAGCAAUAGCAUGCAGAUUAUGGUAUAUAGCACAAUGUCGUGUACAUUAGUGGCGGGGAAAUGCUUGUUGUUGUACAGUUUGUGGAGCGGUUUACAACCUUCGUACCAGACGUCCAUGUGUGCAUGUUAGGUGCAAAUGCAUAAGAGCAUGCCGAGUGCAAGAAACACACACACACACACACACACACACACACAC